GAAAAUAAUUUUUCAGAAAAAAAAGGGAGGGAACAACUAGUUUGUCUUUUUUUUUCCGGAAAAAAAAACGUUUUUUUUGAAAGUUUUAACUAAUGUUUGGUCAAAAUACAAAUAAUACAUUUUCAAGAUUUGGACAGCAAAAUUUGGGAACACAAGGAUCCCAACAGACAUCAACAGGGAGUGGAACUCUAUUUGGUUCGGGAACAGGGGUAUUUGGAGGUUCUGGAUUUGGUCAGGGAACAACUUUUGGAAGUGGAAAUUCAGUAUUUGGACAGGGAACGCAGUUAUCAUCUACCUCAAACUUUAGUUUUGGUGGUUCAAAGGAUACUACAGGGUUUAAUACACAAACAACAAAUGAAUUUAAUAGUCAAGCGGUUAGUACGCCAUCUAGAGGAGGGAUUUUUGGUCAAAAUUCUACACCUACAGGAUUUGGAAAUACAUAUGGAUCAAAUACAUUUACAGGGAACUCGUUAAAUUCUCGAAUACCUACACAAGGAACGAGUAAUCCACCUUAUCAGGUAACACAGGAAAAGGAAACAUCAACAGGUGGAAUGCAAUAUUUUCAAUCGAUUACAUGUAUGCCUGCAUAUCAAGCAGCCUCAUUUGAAGAAUUACGAUUACAAGAUUAUACACAAAAUAGGAGAUUUGGGCAACAACAAGGACUAUUUGGUUCUUUUAGUUCUGGGCAGACUACAGGGAAUAUCUUUGGAUCAGGAAAUCAAACGUAUACAUCACAACCCUUCGGAUUAUCUUCUGGGAUAAAUAUGUUCUCAAAUACACAAAAUAUAUCUAGUCCAUUUGGACAAACUCAACAGAACCAAUCGAAACCCUUUGGCUUUGGGACUUCGAACACAUUUGAUACUACUAAAAACCAAACGACAGGAGUCUUUUCCUUUGGAAAUUCGGGGAAUUCUACUCAAUCUGCGUUUGGAUCGUCAAGUCUUUUUAGAACAGGCUUCAAUAAUACUCAGAAUGAAGAUAAUAAAACGACUACAUUUGGUACUGCCAAUAUGGGUUUUGGGCAAAAUACAACAAAUACAUUUGGAAGUGGGUUUGGAACUAAUAAUACUGGUACGAAUAUUUUUGGCUCUAAUCAACAACAAUCUACAUCAACACCAUUUGGUCAAACAUCAACUACACAAAAUACCAAUUCUUUUACUUUUGGAGGAAAUACUAAUACAACAAAUAAUCCAAGUACUGGCGGAAUGCUUUUUGGUAAUCAGGUGCAACAGCCUUCAACAUCAUUUGGACAAUCACUAACUCAGAAUACUUCAUCGUUUAAUUUUGGAACACCAAAUACGACAAAUACAACUACAAAUAGUGUUGGUUUUUCCUUUGGUCAACAAGAUAAUCAACAAAACAAGCCUGCUCUGUCAUUUUCUUCCAAUUUAUUCGGACAGAAUAAUCAAAAUCAAAAUCAAAAUAAACCGACAUUUAGCUUUGGAAACAAUGCCGGUUUCGGGCAAUCAACAGUUGGAACUGGAUUGUUUGGAACCAAUAAUACAAACACUAAUUCUUCUACUGGGCUUUUUGGAUCUAAUACAACACCAGCUUCUAAUACAAAUACUAGCUUUUUUGGUAAUCAACAAUCAUCUGGUAAUUUAUUUGGUGCAAAACCUGUAACAAACACUGGUACAAGUCUAUUCGGAAAUAACCCCACCUUACAAUCCAAUACUAAUGCAGGAGGAGGGCUUUUUGGAAAUACUUCUGGACAAUCUUUAUUUAAAAAUAAUAAUCAACAAUUAGGAAAUAGUUUACUUGGAAAUACUCAGCAACAACAGCAGCCGCUUUUACAUGCUUCUAUCGAUAAAAAUCCUUUUGGAAAUAAUCCGUUAUUUCAAAGUUCAAGCAUCAGUUUUCCAACAAAUUCACCUGGACCUAUUGCAACUCCUCUUGUUACAAAUUUGCAAAAAAAAAAACCAGCUAUGCUACCACAUUUUAAAUUGACUCCUGGAUCAUCAUCGUCUGGAAAAUUUCAAGAUAUAAAAGGUGUAUCUUUUUCCAAUAUUAAUUCACCAACUAUUAUUUCAGCAACAAGUCAUUCUUUGCAUUUAUUUGAUAAUCUAAAUGAUGAAACUAUGCUUAACGCUAAUGCAUUUUCCCCUAGAUCCAACAUUAAAAAACUCGUAAUAAAUCGUAAGACUUCUCAAACAAAUAUUUUGACAGGUGGAGCGGAUCUUGGAAGUUUUGAGAAAAAUUUGUUAAAAGACACAGAUUGCGACAAACAAAAUAACAAAUCUUCGACAAAACAAAGCAACGGUAUGGUUGAGAGAGUUCCUGAUCAAGAAUCUCCUACUUUAAUAGCAGCUAAACAUCAGAAUAAUACUAAAACAGAUGCUACUUCAAAUGUAUUGCAUGACUCUACAGAAGAGGAUAAAAGAGAAAGUAAUAGCUUAUUUUAUUGGACUUCUCCUUCAAUAUCAAAAUUAUUAGAUUAUACCACAGAUGAAUUAAAGCAUGUAAGUAAUUUUAAAGUUGGACGUAAGGGAUUCGGUCAAAUUAGUUUUCAAUCACCUGUUGAUUUAACUACUUUUGAAGCCUUGGAAGAUAUUCCGGGAACUAUAAUUAUUUUUGAUGAAAAAGUCUGUACAGUAUAUCCUGAUGAAUCUCUUAAACCACCAUUAGGUUGUGGAAUAAAUGUUCCAGCGAUAAUAACUCUUGAGCGUUGUUGGCCAUUUAGCAAAGAAAAGCGGGAACCAAUAACUGAUCCAAAUCAUUCAAGAUUUCAACAACAUUUGGAUAGACUUAAACGUAUGAAAGAAACGGAAUUUAUCGAUUAUAUUGCAGAUACAGGAGCAUGGAUAUUUAAAGUCAAUCAUUUUAGUAGAUGGGGAUUACUCGAAGAUGAUGAUUCUAGUUCUGAGAAAAAGGAUCAAGAUGAAUUACCGAAGUCACAAGAAAUUAAAGAUCAAUAUACGAAUGCACCGUUUUACCAAAAAACAUUAUCUUCAAAUAAAGAAUUAAAGUCAUUAACUAAACAAACUUAUGUAGAACAAAAAAAAGGAAAAUUAGAACAACAUUGUGAAUUAUCAACUAAUAAUGAGUCGUUUCAAGAAAAUAUGGAUCUAAAUAAAAAAUACGCUGAUUUAAAAAAUAAAUUUGCUUUUCAACAUCCCACAUCAAAAAUUCCAGGUUCAUUUAUUUUGGAAAAUUCAUCAGAAAUAAUGAAUUAUACAAUAGAGAAUAAUACUGAAGUCGACAUAUCUAGGGAUGAAACUGAGUCAUGUGAUUAUUUAUCUUUCGAUGAUACAGAUAAUUAUUCUAAUUUACAAACUAUAAAUGAUAUAGUUGAUACAUCUAGUAUUGAUCUCAAAAAUAAGGAAUCUGAAUUAUAUUUUGAAGAUGAUUCAAAAGGAAUUACAUCUUCUAAAAAACGGGACAAUUCGGAUGAUGAAUCACUUGAAAUUCUAUCAUUAUCAUCAAAAUUACCCUUUUUACAAGAUAUUAAAACUUGGCCAGAUCUUUUAAAUCUUUCUAUUGAGAGAUUCAAUUUAUUACAUGCACCUCAAACUCGUACUAAAAAAUAUCGGGAUCCUUCAAGCCUCCAAUUUGAUUCACCUUUUGAUAAUUUUGAACCAGUAGAAAAAUAUGAAUUACAAGAUUUGGAUAGAGAUUUGUAUGAUGUCCAGCAAACAUUACAUUUACCGGUUCACACAUCUAAGUCUAAUUCAGUUACUACUAUUAUUCCCGGAAAAUUCCAUUGGGGACUCAAUAAUAUUCUUAUUAUCCCCCUUAAUAACAAAAAUGCUCAGCCAAAGAUUUUAUUAAAAAAAAUAGAUAAUCAAGAAUCAAUUUUGGAUAAUACUCAACUCGCUUUAGAAAUGCAGUUAAAACAUACAAAUAUUCAGAUAGAUGAAUAUGGGUGCCCUGAAGCAAAUCCUAAUUCUACACUUACUUCAAAAUUAUUUAUACCUUUUUUCGAUAAUUAUGAGGCCAACAUAUUACAAUUAUGUGGAAUUCUUUUUGACAAAAUUGAUGUUUAUUCUCAUAAUUUGCAAUCUGAAUCUCAAAAGGCACAGAUUCUUAGGAUGCAAAGAAAACAAAAUCUUUCUGAUUGGCUUAAAGAUAUUGUCGCUACGAAUGUUGAAAACGAUCUUUACAAAUCCGUUGAUCCAUCUUCAAAAAUGUUUUUAUUAUUAACUGGUUAUCAAAUAGAAGAAUGUUGUUUAGAAGCACUAAAAAGUAGAAAUUUUUUUCUAGCUAGUCUUAUUCCUCUUAUUGGAGGAGACGAGCUUAUUCGAGAGGAUUGUAAAAAACAAAUUGCUGAUUGGAAAGAUUCAAAUUGUCUUCCUUCUAUUGGUAAAUAUUAUCGCGCAAUAUAUGAAUUAAUGUCCGGAAAUACAGAAACGUCUCAAGGUUCCGGAAUGAAGGAUUCUGAAGAAUAUGCACCUGAUAUACAUAUAUCGGAGGAAUUAGACUGGAAAAGGGCAUUUGGAUUAAAAUUAUGGUAUGAAUUAACCGAUGAAAUGCCAAUAGAAGUAGCGGUCUUGAGUUACCAAAGGGCUUUUAAUGAAAGUUCUACUGUAUCUUCACCAGAAAUCACCUAUUCUAAGAAUACCAAUAAUUCUGAUACACAAGAAUUUGACAUAUUAUAUCAUUUAUUAUUAUUAUUUAGCAAAGACGAUUAUCCUUUGGAAAAUAUUAUUGAUUCUCUUACUUUAAAUUUUCCUUUAAAUUUCAAAAUUCCUUGGCUGCUAUAUAUCAUUUUAUCACGUACAUAUAAUAUCCGGCAUUUUCAAGAUUAUACAAGUUUUUCUAGCAAAAAGUUGCAAGAAAAUAAAACAACUAUUCGUGGGAAUCAGUUGACUUUAAACUUUGCUUCACAAUUAGAAUCAUCUGGUCUAUGGCAUUGGGCAAUUUUUGUUUUGCAGCAUUUACAAUAUGCACAUAUCCGAGAAAGAGCAAUUCGCGAAAUUUUAGCCCGAAACAUAGCUGAUUACUAUAAUAACAAAAAGAAUGAUCUAGAUACAUUCUUAAUGCAAAACUUAAAAAUUCCAAAAAUCUGGAUUUUAGAAUCCUGCGCUCUUUAUUCUAGAUAUAUGAAUUAUUAUCAAUCUGAAGAAAAAUAUCUUUUGGACGCUAAAUUGUGGAACGAAGCUCAUAAAACUCUUUUAACAUUUAUAGCACCUCAAGCAGUGAUAUAUUCUCAACAUGAUGUUUUAUAUGCUUUUCUUCAGCGUUUUCAAAAUACAAGUGUUAUUACAGAUUGGAAAAUAGGAGGACAAAUUUAUUUAGAUUAUAUUGAACUUUUAAAAUUUAAUGAAAAAUCAAAAUCAUUAUCUUUUAUAAAAAAUAAUGACUUUGAAAUAACACAAACUCAAAAAGAUCUUGUUUUACGACUUUUACAAACCUUACCUAUAAUGGAUGCAAAAAUAUUCGAACAAUCUGUAGCAAUUAAAAUCAUGUCUAGUUUUUCUGCUUCUUUUAUACUUUCUAAUAACAUUAUGGUAAAUGAACAUAGUCGAAUUUUGCAAAUGAAUUUGACUGAAGAUGAAUAUUUCAAUAAAAUUAAACAAUUAUCAUUAGAAUAUUAUAGAUGUAUAAACACUGCUCUUUAA